AUGUCCACGAAUCACGCCGCCGUCCUCGCAACCUACCGCCACCUCCUCCGCGCAACGCGAAUCGCCUUCUCAGGCGACAAAUCGACCCUCAAAUCCGCGCGAAAGCUCGCCCAAGAACGAUUCCGCGAGAACAAGUCCCUACCCCAAGAAUCGCCUCAGGCCGCGCAGGAAUUGGAACAUGCACAAGGCGUUGCGAUUAUUCUGAGGGAGAACGUUGUGCAGGGGAAGAAUGUUGGAGGCGACAAGUAUAAGCUGAAUAUUCAUGAGCAUACGCAGAGGCUGGAUAAUGAUACGGCUGGGAAUUUGAAGGGGACGAAGAAGAGCUUCAAGGAGAUUAAAAACAGCCAGUUCUAG